AUGAAAGGCUUGGUGAGCACUAGGGUGGAUUCGAACCUCCGAUCGAUUGUGCAGUUUGAGAGGAUUUGGUUGCAGAGGAGUGUUACUCUUUCCUACUCACCAGCCAUGACAGCGAAAAUUGGUGAUGUCCGUGUUCGGAAGCGUGGAACCAUAGGAGACCGUAUCUUAGCGUUGUUAAGAGAAAAGCAGACACAUUCAAGUCACUCAAUUAUGAAAGCUGAAGACUAUGAUAAGUUUCUACAUAUUCUAAUCAAGCGUCGUUGA